GCCGAGGCUAAUGCGGACGAGGCCGAGCCUGAGCCCGAGGCUAAUGCGGACGAGGCCGAGCCUGAGCCCGAGGCUAAUGCGGACGAGGCCGAGCCUGAGCCCGAGGCUAAUGCGGACGAGGCCGAGCCUGAGCCCGAGGCUAUUGCGGACGAGGCCGAGCCUGAGGCUGUUGCGGACGAGGCCGAGCCUGAGCCCGAGGCUAAUGCGGACGAGGCCGAGCCUGAGCCCGAGGCCAACGUGGAUGAGGCCGAGCCUGAGCCCGAGGCUAAUGCGGACGAGGUCGAGCCUGAGCCCAAGGCUGAUGUGGCUGAGGUCGAGGCUGAUCCCGAGCCCGAGCCUGAGCCCGAGGCCAAUGUGGAUGAGGCCGAGCCUGAGCCCGAGCCCGAUGCGGACGAGCCGGAUGCUAAUCUAGAUGAAAAUGAGCCCGAGACCCACACUAAUACAGAAGAGGCUCACAUAGAUGAGGCUGAGACCAAACCAGUGGCUCAUGUAGAUGAAGCCGAGGAUCACGUAGAUGAACCCGAGGCUGAAGCUCACAUAGAGGAGCCAGAUUCUGAGGCUAACAUAGAGGAAGCUGAGUCUGAAGCUAAGGUAGAUGAGCCUGAACCUGAGGCUACUACAGAUGAGGCAGAGGCUGAGCCUGAAUCUGAGGUUAAUGUAGAUGAGUCUGAAGCUAACUUAGAAGAGUCUGAGACUAACACAGAAGAGGUUGAGCCUGACAGCAAAGAGGAAGCUGAGCCUGAGCCCGAUGUUGAGGCAAACACAGAGGAGCCUGAAGCAGAGGCUAAUGAAGAUGGGGCCAUGCCUGAGCAUGAAGGUAAUGAAGUUAAGGCAGAACCUGAGACUGAGGGUAGCACAGAAACAGCAGAGUCUGUAGUUAAUGCAGAAGAGGCAGAGACUGGUGCUAAUUUGGAAGUGACUGAGCCUGAACUGCAAGCUGAGACUAAUGUAGAAGGUGCUGAAGAAGAAGUUGCUAUAGAAGAACCAAAUUUGGAAAGAGAAGAAGCUGCUGAAACUGAAGUAACAAACUAUUCUGAGCAAGACUUAGCUCAACACAGAGAACAAAUGGAAGAAUCUUUGCAACAGCAUGGACCAAAUGAAACUUCUGAAGACCUUUCUGAAGCUGAGUCUCAGAGAUCAAAACAUGAAUCCCCUGUAAAAAUUCAGGAUGUCGAAGGAGAUUGAGGCAACCUGAGUUGAUAUGAAAGAUUCAUAAUGAAAUAAGCAUCUGACUGACAUGGACACCCGCCUCUGUUUAUUGAGCAGUCCUUUCACAACCUCCUCAAUGGCAUUCUAGAAGUUUAAAAAUUGGAUUUUGUCACUCUCUUCUCAUCUCCAUAAAAAGACUUGUACCACUAAUAAUGAUAUUAGUAGUAAACUCUAAUUGGCCUUCCUGCUUGUUUGCAAAAAAAAAGAGCCAUUUACCAUCUAAUUUUGUUGUAUUACAGUAAGUACAAAACCAAACAAUUUAUGGACAAAAACCUGUGCACUUUCAACAAAGCAGAAAGGUUCUGUCUAGUCACAUCCUGCUGUCAGUUUAUUUAAAUGUUCUCUUUCUUUACUACUUAAUAUCCUGUAUUCUAUUCCAAGAUGGCAUGACUUCAGCUGCCCAGUGUCAAGCAUGAUCAACAACUACUGGAAUGAGAACUGGAUGCAGAAACCUUUCGCUGUCUUUGGAUGUGGUGAGGAUAUGUUGUCCAAAACCUCUGAGCAACAGAGCAAGACAUUUAUAGCAACAUGUUCAACAGACUAAGGUCCUUCGUUUUCCCUUUUUUUUUUUUUUUGCAGACUUUAUUGUCCUUUGCAUUUCCAUUGCAAUGGCCCAGUUGCCAUUGGAGCCGCAGUCACUUGUGACACCCCCACCAUGACAUUGUUUUAUAGUAGCUUUUUUAUUAAAAAUUAGCACUUUUCAGUCCUCAGGGCAGCACUCAAGUUUACUACAGAGAGGCUUGUUUUAUUGCAUUUCUCAAUUCUGCUUCACUAUAUGUAGGACCUUUUGAUAAACACCAUGCCAAAGCACAUUUUGAUGCUGCUUUCUUACACCGUAAUGGAUGGUUGUAGUUUCCCACUGUUUUUCAAUUCAUGCAAUACAGUUCUCUCUUGAGCUUAUAAUACUGUCGUAUGAUAUCAUGCAUUUUGGGUAAUAACCUCAUCCUGCAGGACUAUCAGUUUUGCUCAUGAACUUUGUUUCUCUGCAUCUUUUCCACCUGUACCUACCUGUAGAGGUCAGGUAAAACAAGUGUUGUUGUAUUUAACAUAUGCUUUGAAUCAUGAUCACAUAUCUUUACUAGUUGUAUAGGAGGAUUUUACAGCACUUUUUAUUUUUGGAUCUAGGAAUAUGUGUUGCCUGUGUAGAUGACCCAUCUCCUGUUCUUUUAGACUAUAAAAUGUUGAAUAUGAAUGUUUUAUCCAACCAACUCAAAAACUGGCGAUUUCACAAGCAUGCAUUCCUUUAAAAUGUUGCAUUUUGGUAUGACUUGAUGAUAAAGCAUACAUACAGUAGGUGUGUUUUAUAAUUUUUCACCAAUUUUGAAGGGCUUUAUUCUAAGUGUUUUUUCACAACUACAGUAUAAUUUUAAGGGAUGCUUGCAACUCCUCAUUUUGGUUUCUGAGUCCAAAACAGAUUAAAGAGGUACAGUAGAGAGUAAAAAAAAGAAAUCGCCAAAGAAUAUCUUAGCCUGUCUGGUGGCAUUUUGUGAUCUUGGAGAACUUGAGACAUACAUGCAGAAUGUCUGCAUUACAGGAGAGGAGUGGAGCACACAGGAUAUUGAAGACUGCAAAAAAAAAACCAAAAA